GCUUGUAUGACCUUUGAACUCCCGGAAGGUUGUGAGUGAAGGAAGCAACCGGGAUGUCCAGGUUUUUCGCCACUGGAGACACUGAUACCGAGAGCUCCUCGGAAAGCUCUGAUGACGAACCGAAGUUGGUUGGAGGAGCGAGAGGAACAACUGGAGCCGCCAUCGGAUCCAAGGUUUUCACAUUCAGUGAUGAUGAGGAGGAAGAGAAGAGAGUUGUCCGCUCUCAAAAAGAUAAAAGGUAUGAUGAGUUGAGGAGUGUAGUCCAUGCCAUGAAGAACAGCCAGAAGAUCAAGGACAUUGCUAAAGUUCAAUCAAGUUUCGAGGCGCUGCAGAAGGCGUUCCAGAAGGCCAAGUCAGUGGUUGAGAAGGAAGGCUCAACUCCAGUCUUCUACACCAGGACGCUCACUCUGCUGGAAGAUUUCGUCUUGGGGUUAUGGAACGACAAGGACGCAAAACAAAAACUUAGCAAACCCAAUGCCAAGGCACUGACGACUCUGAAGCAAAAGGUUCGCAAGUACAACAAGGAGUUUGAGGCCGAGAUUGAGUCGUUCAGAGAGAACCCUAUCAACUCUGAGGACGAGAGAGAAGGAGAAGCAGGUGAUGAGAAGGAUGAAGAAGAGGAGGCAGAGGAAGAGGAAGAGGAAGUGGAAGUGAAGAAAAAGGUUCGAAUUGCUGAUGAGGUUGACGUCGCACCUGCUGGGGCAGCAGCUCCUGCAGCUGACUUGGAGGACGAAGAGGACGAUGAUGUGUGGGGGAUGCUUGACGAGUCGGAGGAGAGCUCCAGCGAAGACGAGGCCAUCCCUUCUGGGAAACUGACCCUCGAAUACUUCCUCAAAAAGGAUUACGGGAAAGCCAAGACAGAGAAGGCACAGAGCAAGCCUGAUGCUGUCCAGAAAGCCAAGAAGCCAAAGGAGAAAAAGGAAGGAGUGGACGAGGGAGGCUGGCAGAUUGUCCCCAAGAAGGGCUCUGGACAACUGACUAAACAGGACAUACUGCGACUGUUGUUUGGAAAAGACGUGAAGGAUGUGGAUGUGGAUGUGGAUAUGAUAAUCAAGAAGAGGAAUGAACUGAUAUCUGACAGGGGGAAAAAGACGGUUGAGAUGUCCAGCCUCCAGGAGAAGCUGAGAUGGCUCAUGGAUGUUGCCUCUCAGAACAGCCUUGGAGUUGGAGUGAAGCUGAGACUACUGGCUGAUCUCAUAGAGACCACCUUUGACUUCUCCAGUGUUGCCUACGCCAUGAAGGAGGACGCCUGGAAAACGUGUGUGGAUGAAUUGUCUGAGCUGCUGACUCUGCUAGAGGAGAACCCCGCUGUGGAGUAUAGCACUCUGGUCCGGGACGAUGAGGAGAACUUUAAGGAAGGGGAGGGCCAGGUAGUGAGGAUACAGGGAAAUAUCCUCACCCUGUUGGAGAGAGCUGACGAUGAGUUCAUCAAGAUACUCCAGUCUACCGAUGCCCACUCCACAGACUAUGUCACCAAACUCCAGGGUGAAAAGACGGUGUGCAGUCUCAUCCAGAGGGUGCAGGCCUACCUGGAGCACCGUCUCCUGGACUCUCAUCCCAACGUUCUCUGCCAGAUAUACAUCCGCAGAAUUGAGCACCUCUAUUACAAGGUUGGUCACAAGAACUUGGUGAGUGGUGCAAGUACCCAAGCGGCCGAGAAGGAGGGUGGAGAGGGGGAGGAGGGAGAGGAGAGGGAGACUCUCCAGGACCAGCGGGCCGAGGAAGAGCCUGAAGACUCCCUCAAGCUCAUGACUCAGCUCACAAAGUUCAUCUACAACUGCCAGAGUGGGGAUAUGGGCCGCAUACGGACACGUGCCAUGCUCUGCCAGAUCUACCACCACGCCUUGCAUGACAGGUGGUACCAGGCCAAGGACCUGAUGAUGAUGAGUCACUUGCAGGAGGGCAUUCAGCAUGCCGAUGUUCCUACUCAGAUCCUGUAUAACCGCUCGCUGGUCCAGCUGGGUAUGUGUGCCUUCCGUCAUGGGAUGAUCAAGGAUGCACACGAUGCUCUCAUGGAUGUCCAGUCCAGUGGCCGCUCCAAAGAGCUGCUAGCACAGGGUCUCAUUAGCCGCCACGAGAGGAGUGUUGAGCAGCAGAAGGUGGAGCGACGGAGACAGGUGCCGUUCCACAUGCACAUUAACCUGGAGCUGAUGGAGUGUGUCUACCUCACCUCUGCCAUGCUCAUGGAGGUCCCCUACAUGGCAGCUGCAAAGACGGAGGGUCGACGUCGGAUCAUCUCGAAGAGCUUCCACCACCAGCUGCGCUACCACGAGAAGCAGCCUCUGGUCGGACCGCCGGAGAGCAUGAGGGAGCACGUGAUUGCCGCCACUCACGCUAUGAGGAGGGGAGACUGGAAGAAGUGCCGCAACUACAUAUUGGAGAUUAAGGUGUGGGAGUUGUUCAUUGACAAGGAUCCUGUGAAAGAAAUGCUUGCCAGGUAUUGUACUCACAUUUUGCAAGCCUCGCAUUUACUGUGCAAUUGUAUAAUGGAAAAUUGUGUGCUGAGUUAGAGUGUAUUGCUCAUUUACUCAGGAAAAUACAAGAGGAGUCACUUAGGACAUUCAUCUUCACCUUCAGUGAGACAUAUGACACCCUGAGUCUGGAGAGGCUGUCCGAGAUGUUUGAGCUGCCAGUGAAAGAGGUCCACAGUAUCGUCAGUCGAAUGAUCAUCAAGGAGGAGCUCCUGGUUAGAUUAAACACACAUGUAGGCAUGUCACACAAGAUAUUGAUUGUGAGCAAGAUUCCCAGUCAUUGAUGUGGUGAACCUUGCUGCGUGUAUAUAGGCAUCACUGGACGAGCCAACGAGGACCAUAGUGCUUCAUCAUGCCAAGCCUAACAGGCUCCAGUGUCAGACUGUCCUACUGGCCGAGAAGAUCAGUACACUGGCUGACCACAAUGAAGAGCUGAUGAAACUCAAGCACGCUGGGCCAUGGAGUGUUCAGAACCAGAAUGCUCCGUUCUCUCGCCAUCCUCACAGCAACUGGCAGAGCAAGUUCCGCAGGGGACAGCAUUCACACCGCUAACAAGAACUAUGCUGCAUGUUUCCCAUUUUGCUUGAACUAUUAUAUACUGUGGCUCUGGAUCAGCGUAGUGAUGAUUGCAAUCACUCUUAUUGCUAUCUAUAUCUUGAAUCAAUUCGCGUUCACCUGAGCCCAGGAAGUAGUUGUGUAAACUGUUAUACUACAGGCACCACAUAUUUAUGACAUACUUUUCUAUGGGACAUACAGCUAACUUUUGGCAGAUA